AUGCUACCUAUGUAUGCUGCGAACUCAUCCAACGGCAACUCAAUAUAUCUCAAUGGCGGAGGCGGGCUCCGGCGUGGAGCACCCAUGAUACCUUCGAACGCUCCCUCAUAUCCCACACCACAAGAUUCAAAUCGAGGUCACAGCCGACAGAACAGUAGAUCGGAGAAUAAUGCAAAAUAUCACCAAUCAACAAGACAGUGUAGUCCGACGACGACAACUGAGUUGACCGCCUCGCAGCAACAAGACGAUCCUCAUCGUCCCUCAGGUAGCUCAAACGCAAUAGCAGCCCAUCUGCAGAUCCCUUCAUCGAUCAAUAACAGCAAAGGGAGUUUGCCAGAGUUCGCUGCUCAGGUCACUUGUCUCUUCUGGUUUGAAGCUUCGACAACCCUGCUUGCCGUGGAGGAUUCAAGGACACCUUCACCAAGAUCCGUCAUGCCGCUCGUUCAUGAGGCCAUGCCUACAACAGGCUUUCGGAAAUGGGUGACUACAAUACUGUCCAUGACUCAGGUAUCUCAAAAUGUCAUUUUGCUGGCCUUGAUGUUCAUCUAUCGACUGAAGAAGCACAAUCCGAGUGUUAAAGGGAAAGUCGGAAGUGAGUUCAGGCUGCUGACUGUAGCUUUGAUGCUCGGGAAUAAGUUUUUGGAUGACAACACCUACACAAACAAGACUUGGGCUGAUGUUUCUGGAAUAUCUGUCCAAGAAAUACACGUGAUGGAGGUAGAGUUCCUCAGCAAUAUGAGAUACUCGCUCUAUGCCUCCAAAGCAGAAUGGGACGACUGGCAUGUCAAAUUGGGCAAAUUUGCAGACUACUACGACAAGGCGACCGAUGUGGACGCAAUCGAAACCAUUCUCCCUACCCCGAGACCAGCUGGUUCUGCAACCCUUCCUUCACCAGUUUCCCAACAAGCUUCGCCACCGUAUAUGUCUCAAAUAUCCCCUACCAACCAGGGUUUCCCCCAUCCACUUUCCAUGCCACCCUACAUGCCUCCCAUGGCAACAGCAUCGGCAGCGAGCACGCCUGGUAGCGAGUUUGGGCUGAGAAAGCGAAGUCUGGAGGAUACCAAUCUGGAGCCCCCAGCAAAGAGAAUGUAUGGGUCCAUUCCAUCGCUGCCGUCGAGCACGACUCUGACUCCGACUACAUCGGUGUCAUCCGGCGGAGACGACACCUUCGGCCAUUUCCCAGACGACCUGCGGGCCCUCAUUAGCCACGCAUUGCCUAAUAUCACGGUGAAAACGAUUACCUAUCCAAAAUACGAAACUCGGGGAGAUCUCAAAGAAUGCGUCGGACGCUUUCGAGAAUGGCUCGAGAACAAAGUAAUCGACCUCGAAGUCGCUACCUCCACGCCCUCCCCCACAAUCGACCCCUCAAUCCACACCAUCCUCCUCGGGCACAGCAUGGGUGGGAUCGUCGCGGCAGAAACCCUCCUCUCAAUCGCCUCGGACGUGCCCAUUCCCCCCUCCCCAAAUCCAUCCCUCCCCACAAAUCCCCUCGGUGACGCCUACCCGUCCACCGCCGCCCACACAGCCCCCGCCACGGGUUCCUCCCACUCAUAUUUCACAACCCUCCUCUUCCCCUUUAUCACUGCCCUCCUCAGCUUCGACACCCCCUACCUCGGCAUCAACCCCGCCCUGAUCGCCCACGGCGCAGAAGCGCAGUACAGAUCCGCAAGCUCAGCUUACUCGUCCCUCAGCGACAUCGGCUCCAUAUUCGGCUACGGCUCCAAGUCCACCCCGAGCUCCCCCACUGCCGGGAUGGGCGCGCAGAAAGCGAUACAGGCGCCCCCCUUUCCGCCUGCUGGCUCGGGCACAGGUAUUGGGAUGCGCAAGGGGGUGGGAGGGAUGAGCUCGUCCAUGUCAGCUGCGAACGAGGACGCGGCAGCGACACCCGCGUGGCAGCGGUGGGGGAAAUACGCCAUGUUUGCCGGCGCGGCCGGGGCGGUUGCGGCGGGCGGUGCUGCGGCAUAUUUGAAGCGGGAUACGGUGAGGGAAGGCUGGGGGUGGAUGGGGAGUCAUCUGGAGUUCGUGGGGUGUCUUGCGCGCGCGGAGGAGUUGAAGGGAAGGUUGGAGAGGACGGGGAAGAUGAGUCAGGAGCGUGGGGUGGGGUUCAGGGAUGUGGUUAGUGUUUUAGGAAGGGGUGGGCAGCAGAGGAGAGAAAAUAGUGCAGGGCUGAUGGGGGCGGGGCAGCAACAGCAGGUUCUGGAAGGGGAGAAGGAGAGGACGUUUUGUUUGCUGCCGAAACAGGGGAGCGAGAAUGGUAAGUGGUUCGAGAAAACGAGGAAUGAUAUUGCGAAAGAUGAGACGGAGGCCCAUAUGAGUAUGUUUGAGCGCAGGAAGAAUAAUGGGUAUCAUGCCCUUGUCGAACGGGCGAAGGAGCUGGUGGUUGAGUGGGUUGAAGGUGGAGAGUGGUAUAAGAGUAGUGAACCAAGUGCGGUUGAUGAAGAUGGUGAUCUUGGUGGUCGUGGAGUUGGGGGAAAUACUGCAGAGGAUGGGCUCGCCGUGGGCAGAACGUCGACAGGGAGUCGGUCAUUGAUGGAGAUUGAUUUGAACGAUGAGGAUGGUGGGAGUGGUGGAGGGAAGACUAAAGGGGCGGCGGAGAAUGAGUGGGCUACGGGUGAGGUACCAGUGUUUGUGACGAAUGAACGAUUGUAG